GACCGACAGAGACUCACAGAGGUGUGGCCAGACCAGAAGCGCCACCCUCAGCCACCCACUAAACUACCCAUCACCCCCCUCACCCCUCCUCUCACCCCCAGCUCGAUGCCCCGCUUCGCCUACCCAGCCGUGCAUAGUAAACCCAAACCUUGCAAGCCCCUUGCCCACCCCCACCCCUUCUCCUCUCCCCAGGCCUCCCCCACACAGAGGGCCUUCAACUACCUUCACACCCAGGAAGGAGGCACCUAUCUGUGCCAACGUGGUCUACCCAAGCCCCAGGCUGGAGCAAUCCCCCUCCCAGGACAAGGCCUCAACACAGAGGCUUUCAAGAAACGCACCCAGAGUCUGUCCCGCUACGCCCUGUCAGAUGGGGAACCGGAAGACGACGAGUCAUCGCUGCAGAAAUCCGUCCCUCCGGUGACCAUGCCCUCGUACGCAACACUAGGACGCAAAACAGGCUGCGGCCAAUCAAAUUCCUCCGCCGUCCAACGCCACAUCAGCCGGAGCCACUCAUUCGCUGUCCGCUCUCGCCGCAAAGGCCCGCCCCCACCACCACCUAAGAGGAUGAGCUCGGUGAGUGGCAGCCAGGCCAGUGAAUCAGGAGUGGCAGUGGUGGCAGGGCAGGUGGAGGUGGGAGGGGUGGAGACAGAGAGUGCAGGCAGUGUGAGAAGCAUCGCAGCCAGGCUACAGGGGUCCAGGCCCGGGGCAGCCCUCUAA